ACGGGCUGAUUGACCCAGGAGAAGGCGAUAGCUGAGGGAAGGAACACAGCAGAAGGAGCUCAAAUUCAUUUCUGCUGGUGCUGCUCGAGGUUCAGCACGUUAAAAGAGCAUGAAGUUAACUACACGGAGCCAAGACGCACAUGGCUAUCAAAUGGAUUAUUAUCUCAUACACUGGUGCACUACUGCACUGACAAUGUAGAGAUUAAGCACAAAGUGGGUGUGCACAGAGCUUGUAGAACUACUUUGUCACACUGACAGGAAAAUCAGGGUUUUUUUUUUAGUGUGCUGUCAUUGAGAAAAGAGCUGACUGUCACAGAGUGGAAGGACGUGGACUGAAGAUGUAAAUAUUUCAGGUUAAAUUCUGAUGCUUUGCUGCUCUCCAGAGAAGAAUAAUCACCGAGACAACUGCAACACACAGCAACAACAAAAAGACACGCAGGAGAAAAUUGACCAUGCACUGACAGCAAGGAAUGGAAAGCAUCAGUGUGGAAACAGACUGGGAUGGGUUAACCCUCUCCUCUCUGGCAGCUGCAGGAAGGAGCAACAUCUCUCCCUCGCCCUUGUUCAUUUCCAAGCUGAACCCCCUCAACAGUUCUCACAACGGAAGCUCAUUUGUUGGGGCCUUCCCCAAUAUUGAUUCUACCACCAACUCUCUCACUCUAUCCCCGCCAAGGCAGAGGAAUGAGGACCUGGCCCAGGCAGAAAUUGCCGUGCUGGGGGUGAUCUUGGCUCUUACCACCCUGGGAAAUGGAUUUGUGCUGUGGGUGCUGCUGAGAAGAAGGAAGCAAAACACAGCAAUGCAUGUGUUCAUGGUCAAUCUGUGUGUGGCUGACCUAGUGGUGGCGUUCUUUCAGGUUCUUCCCCAGUUAAUAUGGGACAUCACUGAAACGUUCCAGGGACCUGACUUGCUCUGUCGGUUCGUCAAGUACUUGCAGAUUGUGGGCAUGUUUGCUUCUUCUUACAUGAUAGUUGCCAUGACACUAGAUCGGCACCAUGCCAUCUGCUACCCGUUGCAGGCCUACAGAGGAUGGGCUAUGUCACGCUGUAACACCCCUGUUAUAGUAGCCUGGGGUCUGUCACUACUCCUCAGCCUACCACAGGUGUUCAUCUUUUCUCGCUUUGAAAUUAAUCCCGGCGAGUUUGAGUGCUGGGCUCACUUUUCUGUGCCGUGGGGGUUGAAGGCGUAUGUCACAUGGAUGACCGUGGCUGUUUUCCUCUUGCCCGCCAUCAUUAUUACCACCUGUCAGAUAAGAAUCUUCAGGGAGAUUCACAAUAACAUCUACCUGAAGUCGGAGAGAGUGGUAAUGAUCCAGAUGAGGAGGAAUGAUUCCAUGGUCCACUCUCAGAACUUGAACACAGAGGAUGAGCGGGCGAGUGUGAGGGGAAGGCAGGGGUCUGGGGGAGGGAGCAGGGAUGGAAGAGGAGGACAUCUCUUCAGUAACACCCCUCGCAACAGCCAGGUGGGAACCAGUUAUGACUGUGUACCAUCUAGUAUUCAUAACAACAGUGGCCAUGAUGAACAUUUGUUGUUAUUAACAUCAUCAAUGCAGCAACAACCACUGACCAACUCAGACUGUCAGGAGUCCCACUUAAACCACGAAGUGGCCUCAAACUCACCUCGCUGCUCCUUUGAUAUUGCUCCUCCUCCUUCUCCUGCCUCGCCACCUCAGAGCAUCACGAAAGCCAUGUCCAAGACGGUGAGGAUGACUCUGGUCAUUGUGCUGGUUUAUACGAUAUGCUGGUCACCGUUCUUUGUUGUCCAGCUGUGGGCUGCCUGGGACCCCGACCCUCCAAUUCAAGGAGUGGCCUUCACUAUCCUGAUGCUGCUGGCCAGCCUGAACUCGUGCACCAACCCGUGGAUCUACACGGCCUUCUCCAGCAGCGUGUCCACAGAGCUGCAGACACUCCUGCACUGCCACUCACAAUCUCGCCGCCGGAGCUCCCUGCCCAACGACUCCACCAUCACGCACGCCUCCAUCACCAAGGACAACCAGUACUGACAAAGACGGAUGAGAUGCCCAAACAUCCACAGCAAGGACAUGUGUGUGCUGUGUUUAAAAAAAAACACUGUCCCUACCACCUCCGAUGCUGCUGAGUGACAGAGAGGUGACCCCCUACCAGAUGUUUCUCACAGCUAAGAACAGAGCUGCUGUCAACAGGGACACUAUCUGCAUCACCAGGCCUCUCCAAAGGAAAAAUAACCUUGAAGUAAGAAAAAAAAGGACACCUCAGUAGGCUGUUGAAUUGGCUCUUGUGCACUGAUUCUCACAAGAAUCUUUUAUGUCUCUUGUGCCACAAAGCUGCUGGAAUGCAUUAAUGGAGUUACAACACACCUAAUAUACAACGCAGUACACAGCUACAUGUGCAGAGAUAUCAAAGCAGCAAGCCAACGGAGAGAGAGACAGACAGAGGGAGCUGCUGGACAGAGAACAGACACUGGAUGUCACAGAUGUUCCAGCUGCAGGAGUGCCCCUGAGAACAGGCCGCAUUAGACAUCUAAUAAUGUGGAGA